GGGUUGGGCUUGGAAUACGCUUUCCUUGAGGCCUGGGCUACAUACGCGCUUUCACAAAUUCUGUUUGGACACUUCUUUUAUGGACUAGAAGCAAGUCCGCUUCAUAUGGGCCACGUUUUUGGUACAUCAUCAACCAGUAAUUUUAUCGGCAAAUUACUAGGGACUUCUCCUCCGACUAAAGUUUUAUCGCCGGUGAGGCGGUGACCAGUGCUUCGACCGUGCUCAGGAUAUUUGUAAAGUAGUAUAUAUCCCUUAUCAGUCCAGACACCAUAAACUCAAAUCUUCGGAUUUCCUUCUGAUUUUGCCGGGGUUCCGUUAGCUUGACGACCUUCCUUAGUGGGACUUUUGUGUUUACUGUAUCGGAUACUCUUUCUUUUUGGAAAUUAUCGGAGUACUAAGAUUUUAGUUUCCUUGGAAAUUCUUGUGUCUAUCUUAUCUAAACUAGAUUAAGCAACUGUUGACUGUUAAUUGUCUGUUUUUGAGGGAUGAAAUUAAAGAAGAGAGAGGGAGGGAAAGUGGGUUGAUUGGAUGGAUGCGGUGUGGACCUGAGUCACCAUUACUUUUUGUUCAUAUCUUAGUCGUCCCUAUUUAUUUCACUAUCUUUGAGAAAAUCCCUCUCAGUAAAAAAAUCUUCAACAUCAACAAUGGCAGCUGUUCCAUCCCUCGAACUCAGGCCCCUCGGCAACACCGGUCUCAAACUCAGUUCUGUCGGCUUCGGAGCCUCCCCACUGGGUCGUGUCUUCGGCCCUGUCUCAGAGGAGGAAGCCAUCUUUUCCGUUGGAGAAGCCUUUCGCCUUGGCAUUAACUUCUUUGAUACCUCACCUUACUAUGGAGGGACAUUAUCGGAGAAAAUGUUGGGGAAGGGUUUGAAAGCACUUGGAGUGCCUAGGGAUCAGUACAUUGUGUCCACAAAAUGUGGGAGGUAUAAAGAGGGUUUUGAUUUUAGCGCCGAAAGGGUGACUAGGAGCAUUGAUGAGAGCUUGGAAAGAUUGCAACUUGAUUAUGUGGAUAUCUUGCAUUGCCAUGACAUUGAGUUUGGUUCUCUUGAUCAGAUUGUGAAUGAGACGAUUCCUGCUCUUUUGGAAAUUAAGAAAGCAGGGAAGACACGGUUCAUUGGUAUUACUGGACUGCCAUUGGGAAUUUUCAACUAUGUGCUCGACCGUGUUCCACCAGACACAGUUGAUGUAAUUCUCUCCUACUGUCACUAUAGUAUCAACGAUACCACAUUGGAGGAUAUGUUGCCUUACUUGAAGAGUAAAGGAGUUGGAGUGAUUACCGCUUCACCACUGGCAAUGGGACUCCUUACUGAAAGUGGCCCCCCAGACUGGCACCCUGCUCCUCCUGAACUCAAGGCUGCCUGCAAAACUGCUGCUGAUUACUGUAAGGAAAAGGGAAAGGAUGUAUCAAAAUUGUCUCUGCAGUUUAGCUUAUCAAAUAAAGACAUCUCUACCGUUCUUGUUGGAAUGAACUCUGUCUCACAGGUAUGUUUUUUUACGUGAAUCUUGUCAUUGACGUAGUUUAAUUAAUAGUUUGGCUUUUUAGAGAACUAAUAACCUCUUUGCUAUGCUAUCUAGCUUUAUUUUCCUUUCACACUACAUGGCAAGAUUCACAUCCUACUCUGGAACCAUUCUGUUCUUUUCAUUUCAAAGAUGUAUAACUGGGAAUACCUGACCGGGCAAUGCCAUUCCUCUUAUUGGAAUAUGUGCAUCAAAAGGUUAGGAACAUCGAGCCAUAUUUGAUGUUUCGAGGGGUAGUCAAUUGAGGUUUUGUAGUUACUUCACUUAUUUGAGAAAAAACGAUAACUUCUUGUUGCUUCUCUUGUGGAUAUAUGUGAUUAUCUUUCUAAAACUUAUAGCUAAAUGAUCUCACUGUCCACCUGUUAGGCUGUUCCUCUUUGUGUAGAUUGAUCAUAUCUUUGUUUUGAUAAUGACUUUUGAGACUAAAGCUUUGUUUAUUAUCAGGUUCAAAUGAAUGUAUCUGCUGCUAAAGAGCUUGAAGCAGUUGGAAUAGAUGGAAAAACAUUAUCUGAAGUUGAAGACAUUUUGAAGCCUGUUAAAAAUCUUACAUGGCCAAGCGGCAUUCAACAGGUUUGAUAUGCUAUGUCAAGGUUCACAUGCUGGCUGCUGAGCACUGUUUCUGUGACCCCAAAUAAUGUGUAUUUUUCUUUCUGGGUCAGAUAGGUGAUUUACUCGGCAGAGAAUUGCAUCCAAUGUGUAAUUGGUCGAAUCCUAAUGAACUAUAGUAUUUCUUUGUUCUAAUCCAAAGGAAUGUGAUGUCUCUAUUUCAGUAUAUAAUUUCAAGUUUCUUCUGAAAAGCAAGAGGCAAUUCGAAAUUUCCUGUAAUAAAGUAAUUCAAAAAGUCGGGGAGCACUUUGAUAUCAAAUGGCACUUUGCAUGUAAUUCCUCAAAUAAGACCGUUACCAACUUAAAAAUUG